CGCGCCGUUUUUUGGCUUGUCAACCGAAACCACGCAACAUUUUUCUCUCGGAUUUAAUAUUGAAAACAGUUACCCUUUUCUUCAGUGCUAAUUAAUAUUAGAUCGGUAUAGAUGUGCCGCAUAAAGUUUAGCUAUAAAGAGGAUAAGUGCUACUGUAAAACAGUGUGAGAAUCGUGUUUCCUCAGUGGUGACCCGCGAACUCACAACAUGCCUCUGUUGAAAAGAAAAGCCUUCGAGAAAUCGACGGCUUCAGAGUACCUCCGAGACGACGAUGAGGUUUUCCACUGCGAGAUCACCGACGAAAUAUUCAAAGACUAUGAGGAGUACUGCGAACGUAUUAUACUCGUUAACUCGAUGGUUUGGACAUGUGAGAUGACUGGCAAGAACAACUUGACUUAUUCGGAAGCUUUGGCCUCUGAGAAAGCCGCCAGGAACCAGUUGAAAGAUUUCCCAAUGGAGCUCCGUAUACCAAUAUUGUAUCUGGCAGCCAGGACUAAUAGAUGCUCCUUUGCGGAAAUGUCUGAGGAUGUUUUCAAUUUUGUGAGGGACAGAUAUUUUGUGGGAGAGACAAUAGAGGCUUGCCUGGAGGGAGAUCACUGGACAGAGGCUCACAUCCUGUCAGUGACAGCACAAAAGCAGCAUCCUGACAGCAAAGCAAUCCUUUCCGCUGCAUCAUAUGUCUAUGAAGUGGAACAAUAUACUGAUGCUACCCCUUCGACAAUGGGCCAGAUUGGCACAGCACCGUUCGACCGUGUCCGGCGUCGUAAAGGCAUCUACUCCAGAGAUAAGAACAGGCUCUUCCUCAAACAAUUUGUAGAGCACGGCCCUGGAGGUGUUAUAUGUAUAAAAAAAUCAGCCCUGAAUGAGUACAACAUCAGCAAAGUUAGUUUCAGUCAGAUAUUUACUGGGAAUCCGCCUGAGUUUGAAUCCUCAAAAAAACUCCUCAAAUCUCCAGCAGCAACUAAAGUUCAGCACAAGCCUGCAUCUGCUACGAAACUGAAUAAAUCACUCAAAAAACCAAGUCCUGAUAAAAAAGGAAGACAAGAAUCUAUGGAUAAAUUUUUGAAAAAGACUGAUAAAACUGAAGCAGCAAAACCCAAAAUGCCAGUUGAUCCUGCUGCAAAGAAAAGUGCUCAAGAGCUUGCAGAGAAAAUGCGCAGAGCUGAAGAUCAGAUGCGACAGCGUAAAGAAGAGGAAAAAGCCAAGAAGAAGGAGAAGAAUGCAAGGCUUCAGGCAUAUCUUAAAGAAUGGCAGAAAGUGAAAGAUGAUUUGGAUCUUGAGGACCACAAGAUGAUACCAAAAGGCAUUCCAAUAGAUAUUGAAGGAAUAUCUCAAAGUCAUAUAGGAGACUUCCUCUCAGUUCUUGAGUUUGUGCACUUAUACUCUAAUAUCUUAAAAUCGAAAGACUUCUUACAUGGAGCACUUGAUAUAGAAACAUUACGGAAGGCAUUAACAAUGAAAGAGCACUCUGGAGUCUUCUGUGAUAUAAUCCAGAUGUUUUUGACUACAAUAUUUGGACUUCAAGAAGAUGAGGCUGAAGAUUAUAAUGAGAAUGGUGGAAUACACCUUUCCAAUGAGGAUAAGGAAGCGUUCCCGGAUGUGGGCGUCGCAAAAGCCGUAGAGCUCGCCACUAAAGCAAGCAAAUGGUCUCAAACUUACCUCGGGACUCCGCUCAGCAAACUUCCCAUGGAUGCGUUGACUGUCAGUGAGAUACUGAGGCUGCACCUGCUGUCGUCGGGCGCGGCGGGCACGGCGCGGGGCGCGGCGUGGCGCGCGUCGCAGCGCGGCGGCUACUCCUCGCUCGACGACCCCGGCCUGCGACUGCGCCGGCGCGCGCCACAGCUGCUCGUGCGGCUCGCCAAGUACCACGUGGCUGAGCUCGGACUAGAUGACAAAUUCGAAAUACUCCAGUGCUUGAUGAACCAGAUACUAACUUACGCGACUGUCCGUGAUGUCAUUGAGGAAAAACUCGAGGAACACAAGAAUUCUAAGCAAGCUUUGAGACUUUUACAGAUAAACGAAAGGAAACGCGAAGCGCAACUGCUCGCGUCGAAACAAGAUCUUAAGAAAGAAGCUGCAGCUAAAAAAGAGGAGAACAAGCUCUCUGGCGAAAAAGCUCGAGCUAUAGACGAACAGCUUAAAGUCGACACAGAGAAGCUGAACAAAGAAAACGACGAGAAAAAGAAAGAGUACGAAAAGAAAUUAAAAGAACUGCAAAUCGGAUUGUUCGACUAUUCUUCUUAUCUUGGCAUGGAUCGCGCUUACCGUCGCUACUGGCUCAACCAGGCCGUGGCCGGGCUGUUCGUGGAGGCGGGCACCGAGCCGCGCGGGCCGUGCCGCGACAAGCCGCUGCCUUCCGCUCCUGAGCACGGAGAGGACACCCUCACCUAUGUCACUAGAUUGUUUGAAACCGAAAAGGAAAAAGCGAGUAGUGAUAAAGAAAAUGAUUCGGCAGCAAAUUCACGGGGGAAUUCCCCAAAGAAACCGCUCACGAACAUCAAUGGCUUAACACACAGGAACGGGUUCGAUGAUAUCACACAACAGCUAUUGAUCUGCAGCGGAGAUCUUUCUACUUGCAAGGUGCAUGGAAAGGUCGACCGGCCCCAAUGGUGGGUCUACCACACAGAGGAACAGAUAGAAGCAUUGAUCCAGUCUCUAAACAAGCGCGGUAUUAGGGAAAGUGAGCUCCGACAGAGCCUGGAGCUGGACAAGGACAACAUCAUUCAGUACCUGAGGAAAUGUCCUGUCAAGUACCUCAAUGGAUCUGCUGCUAGUUCUCCCCCUCCCCCCGCGCCGCACUACACGCGCCGCCGCCCCCCGCCCCCCUCGCUCACCGUGCCGCGCGACUCCUCGCUGGCCGAGGCCGUGGAGCUGGUACUUCGCGACUAUAUCCUCGAUCUCGAGGAGAAGAUUCACUACGGAUGCCUUGGAGCCCUUAAAGUUAAGGACCGCGAGGCGUGGCGCGGGACGAUAAUGCUGCGCGGGUACGACAAACAAGCCGACUACCUGACCUGGGGCCCCAACCAAAUGUACAGAGAUGACUAUCACCAGCCCAACGGCGUUCUGAAUAUUCCUCAAGAUCUUGACGAAACAGAGCUAGAGUCGAUACCGGUGAACAAAUACCGCGACCCCGGCUACUACCUGGAGGCCGCCAGGGUGAACGGAGUCAAGGUAGAGGGCGACGAGCUGAAGGCGAGGCGUGACGUCAUCCGAGGGCUCGCCUGCGCCCUGCUGCAGGUCUCCCAGGCCAUACACGCCAAAUACUUGAAACGGCCUCUGGGGUGGGACGAGAAGGGGCGGGCGCGCAGCACGGAGGCGGGCGCGCUGGCCCGCUGGCAGGUGUCGCUGCUGGAGUGCGGCAGCGCGGCGGGCGCGCGGCUGCACGCGGCGGCGCUGCACGCGUCCGUGUGCUGGCGCGCGUCCGUGCUGCGCGCCGCCUGCCGCCUGUGCCGCCGCCGCGCCGACCCGCACGCCAUGCUGCUGUGCGACGCCUGCAACGCGGGCCACCACCUCUACUGCCUCACGCCGCCGCUGCAGCCUGGCGAACUUAAGAAAGUACCGGAAGGCGAUUGGUUCUGCGAUCAGUGCAAGCCGAAGGAACAUAAACGGUCACCCAGGAAGAAGAGGAAACUGUACUCCGAUGAAGAUGUCGAAGAACCACCGAACAGUGAAGCGGAGGCGGAGGAGUGCGAGGAUGAGGAGGGCGGCAUCGACGCGGGCGUGUGCGCGGCGUGCGGCAGCGGCGGGCGCCUGCGGGCCACGUGCCGCGCCUGCGCCGCCGCCUUCCACGCAGAGUGCGCCGAGCCGCGCCCCCCGCCCGGCGCCGCGCGCUGGCUCUGCGCCGCCUGCCUCGCGCCCACCAGAGCGAUGUCGAGCGUCCGGCGCUGCGCUGCCACCGCGUUGUCCAACAUCCACCAGUACACGAGGGCGCUGCACGCGAGCCCCUCCUCCGAGUCAGAAGACAGCGAUUACAACACGGCUCUGGUUAAACUGAAGAAGAGGAAACAGCGCCACAGCAACGACGCGGCGCCCCUGCAGAACGGGACCACCCCACCUUCGGGGAAGAAACGCGGUAGGAAACCAAAACACGAGAAACUGAACAUGAGCAACGGGAAAGAUAGGAGAUCGAAAAUUUCCCUCACAAACGGAGUUCAUGAGGAGCGUGCGACGCGCGGGCCCGACGCCGUGCAGCAGCUGCUGCGUGACGUCAUCAAGCACAAGGACAGCUGGCCCUUCUACGAGCCCGUCUCCAUUGAGGAUGUACCUGAUUAUCUUGACGUAAUCGAUCAGCCCAUGGACCUCACCACGAUCAAAGAGAAGCUGGAGAAGUCCCAAUACAGCUCGGACGAGGAGCUGAUAGCUGAUAUAGCGCUAAUAUUCCAUAAUUGCUACACUUACAAUACUGAUACACAUCCCGUUGCCAAGGCCGGUGGUCGCCUCGAGAAAUUCGUGAACAAGCGGUGCGCCGAGCUCGACCUGCCCUCGCUGCCCGAGCUCAGCUUCAGCAAGAGGAAGGAAGCCGAGUCCCAGGAACACUCUGCGGGCCCUUCCUCCGAUGACGAGGACGACCUGCCCAUAGCCAAGAGAAAGAAGCACAAGUAACACGAACAGAAGAGCUAUAUAAGUGUGUGUGAUGUGAUCGUGUAAAGUUGUAAUAGUGCAUUGUGAUUAAAGACAAACUGAAAUCUGCUCGACGCGUCGGAAGUGUAGUGCUGAAUUGUGGACGCGUUCCGACGGCGACGCAAUAGCGACCGGAGCGACGGGUCGCGUCUCUAUUGCGUCACCGUCGCUAGACUUCAUUCGCUAUUUUGUUUAGUUCGACUUGUAAUCGAGUCGAGUAAUGCGGCUGGUGAUUUUAUUGUAUGUCAUUGUAAAUACGGUAUUAGGUUAACGUUUGUGGGAGGGUCCGUAAAUGCUUAAGUACGACUAGCUUACUGCUCGCCGCAAGUUCAAUAAUUUUGUUCCUGUCAAGCUCGAAGCAGCUUGUGAUUGUCCGUUUCAGUUUCACAAUUUUGAUCAACAUUCGUUUGGUAGUAUAAUAUAAUUGCAUUUAUGACUAAAAAACAAUAAGUCAAGCUAUUUUACCUAUUUAUGGGUUUUAUGAUCAAAUUACAAUCAGUUUAAUUCCCAUUAUUAAUAGUUCCUGACCCGUCAUUCCUUUAACCAAAGUUUUGGGCUCACCGGUUUGUUGUGACAUGCCAGUGCCAGUGUCCCGGACAGUUCCUGAUCUGUGCAAACACAGCACCAGUCAACGGUGUUCAUAAAUAAUAGAAUCUUGUAUAUUUGUUUGUCAAGGAGCUUGCACGCUUCGCAGAUUUCACGCACGUAUUUUUAUUGAGUCUUAAUUAUCUUAUUUAUCCAUACUAGAUUAGAACGAAAAUAUAAACAUUUGUAACUUAUUGACGAUAUUUUUGAUGUGAAUGUUUUAAAAUUUUGUUCUGUUCUUGUGUAAGUUUGGAAAGUAUACAUAUUAUUAGUCACUCGUAGUAAUAAUAUAAGUUAUGUUAUGUAAAAUUCUUGUGAGAAAGUGUAGGGACGUCAGAAGUUCAACCAUUAAUAAGUUCAUCAUUCGAGGCAAGCCAUCUCAAAAUACUCAGUAUUGUGGCUUUCUUAUUGCAGCUGUAGACAGAUAGUAGGCGAACCACGCGACUGUAAGUGGGCACGCGGCCGGCCCGCCCGGCUGGGGCUCGCCGUGUCACUUCUGGAAGCUUCACGUAUUACAGAAUAACGGCUAAAUUCGAGAACUUGACUACAUAAAGUCACAUUAGAACAUGUAGAUAUUACAAUACUUAUAAUAAAAUUGAAAUAAUAUCGGAAGUAAAUUUGAAAGAUUUUUUUGCUCUGUAAAAAUUAAAUCAAUCGUUUUUUUUAAUAGACGAAUCAGUCUAAAGAGAAGAAAAUCUAAUUUGAAAUAAAUUGAAACGCUCUUUCUGUCUACGGGACAGCUACUGUCUUAACGGCAACCCGAGCUGUCGUCGCCCUCCGCCUGGGGCCCGACUCGCAUCACGACUUGCGCAAGCUUUUUUGCUAAAAUUGUGACUAGAUUCAAGUUGGAAGCAACUUGCGCGUGUUUCUGACACAGCGCCUCCGGUUUUAUGUAGUCCGUAUAUUAUUGUGAUAACGAUGGGCCCGCGAGUCCGGUCGUGUGAUUGUUAACGAAACCCUGUAUUAAAUAUAAAUAUAUAAAUUAUGAAACAAAACGAUCAAGUGUAUUUUUAUCGAGUUAUUUGAUGUUAUAAUAUCGAUGUAUAAUAUCGAUUAAUAAAAUUUGUAACGUUUUAUAGAUUAUAUGGAACUGUGGUGAUUCUGUGCAGUGUAUUCAACGUAAUAAUAAUACGAAUUCUAUAUAAUAUAUCGGUACAAUAAACUCGAUGUACAGAGUACUUGAUUGAACGAAUACCACCGUCAGUAGUUUGUUAGGCGACGUGUCUGCAUUUAGUUUAAAGACACGUUAUAUUCUAGGAUAUAUUGUGAAGUAGUUUAGUAAUGACCCAAUUUGUUCAAGAUACAUAGUCCUGACUAAAUCUUAUUGUGCUCUAACACUGAUUUUCAAGUAACGGGCAAUCAAACAGUCGCAAUACUAUACUUUUUUUUUUAAUUUGUACAAUACUUUAUUUGGUUGUCUCCCAAAUUAUAAAUUAAAAUUUAGUCUAACAAUCAAAAUCAACGGUGUCAAUAUUAGUCAGUGACGUUUGCAUCACAACACGACUGUUUGUUUACUGAACUGGAAUGUCACAAGGCAGUGAUCGGCGUGCUUAGUGCGAGUUUUAUAAAGUUCUCGAUAGCGUAAAAGGUAACCUAGAAUUUGUAUGCAGUUGGAACAGCGCCCCUAGCGGCAAACUUACGUAAA